UCAUCACUGUUGGAUAUCGAACCAGCGUUUCGUUUCCAUCAAUUUUCCAGCAGGCGUCGCAGUUUUUUGUAACUUUUUGGACCUGAAUUGGACGCAAACUUUAGUUUAAUUUAGCAAAUUGAAGCUGCCGAACGUCAAAGGUUUCAGGACACUCAUCGGCGAAGGAAACAUCACCCACAUGCAUUGCACAUCGCACCUUGUGGCCGCGUCAUGUGCGGCGCUGCUUCUGCUGGCUGCCGCGGCGGCAGCGCAGUCGGCGGCGACUGCGCAGUCAGGAUUACAGCCAGGUGGCAAGUUAAUCGAGUUGGACGAGGACAACUGGCACCUGAUGCUCCAGGGCGAGUGGAUGAUCGAGUUCUUUGCUCCAUGGUGCCCGGCCUGCAAGAAUCUUGCUCCCACCUGGGAGCGAUUUGCCCGCGUGGCCAAGGAUGUCCAUGUGCAAGUGGCCAAGAUCGAUGUGACCACAUCACCCUCGCUUAGCGGACGCUUCUUUGUUACCGCCCUACCCACCAUCUACCACGUUAAGGAUGGCGAGUUCAGGCAGUACCGUGGAGCCCGUGAUGGCGAUGCCCUCCUGUACUUUGUGAAGAAGCAGCAAUGGCAGAGCAUCGAACCACUCUCCGCCUGGAAGAAGCCCGAUACCAUCCACAUGUCCGUGCUGUCCUACUUCUUCAAGCUGUCCCACACUCUGAAGCACACGCAAAAACUCUUUAAGGACUUCAACGGGCGGCUGCAGGAGGAGUACGGCCUGCCCACGUGGGGCUCCUACGCCCUCUUCGCCAUCGCCACCAUCUUUGUGGGCGCCGCCCUGGGUCUGCUACUAGUGUGCCUUGUGGACUUUGUCUAUCCACCCAAGAAAUCGCAGCGACAGAGCUUCUCAGAGUCGCAGGACAAUCUGACCGAAGGUCUGGAGGAUCUGGCCACCGAGGAGAUCGAGGAUGAUGGCGAAGCCGAGGAGAACGAAGAUGAGCAGCGGGAGAGCGACGAGGAGCCGGAGGAGAAUGAAGACGACGAGGAGGAGGAAGAUGACAGCGAGGAGCAGGCGGGCGAUCUGGUCGCACAGGAAAAGGAGACCGACAGCGAGCCGGAAAAGGCCGAGAAGCCGGAGCCCAAGCAAGUCGGAGAUUCAGCGCCCGAGAAGACGGAACAGGUGCGCAAGCGCAAGCCACGCAAGGGCGAUUAGGUGCAGUCGGGUCCCUCUGGAUCUUCAGCCUUAGCGAUCAGAAGCGGCAACAAAAAGACUAACACACAGAAUCGAGAGAAACUCAACCUCUUACCAAG